UCCGUGAAGUAAGUCAAGACAGUAACUGCACGCGCAUAAAAAUAAGAUUGUGACGUAAAAAUCGCCUAUAUUUCUGAAAAAAAUAACAAUUAUCGAUGGUAGAUUUGUAAGAGUUUGGUGAAAGAAAAAAUUGUGUCAUUUUUGGAAUCGAUUGUCGAAAAUAAAUAAGAAGAAAAAUGGAUAGUGAAGGAAUAGUCAAAAACGUUGAUGGAAUUUACAAGAAUAUCCUUGAGAAGUUCAACCCUGGUGCGAAACAGCUCAUAGCCUCUUCUAAAUCUUAUUUAAAAGCACUGCACAAUACUUCGCAAGCGUCGAAAGGUUUUACUGAAUCGCUAGCAAAACUUGCUGUUAACGCUCAUGAGGGAGGAACCACAGAUAUUGGCGGUGCAUUAAUGGACCUCGUUGGUGUUUUUAGUUCAAUAGAAGAUCAGCAUAUGAAUAUCUUGAAGGCGUUUUAUGUUGACUUCAUUUUUCCACUUGAAAACAACAUUGACAAGGAUGCAAAAGUUAUUCAUGCUGAACAGAAAAAAUUUAUGCAAUUACAUAAGCAGAGAGUCGAAAGUUUUAACAAAGCUACAUCUGCAAUGAAGAAACAUCGGAAGAAGAAAAACAACGCAGAAAAGGAACUCAAAUGUAUUCAAGCUUUAGAGGAUGAGAAAAAACUUCUUGAUAACUUUUGUGAUCAAAGUAUUAAAAAUGCUUUGAUUCAGGAACGAAGAAGAUAUGGAUUUGUGCUUGAAAGAUGUGUUCAAAGUUUGGCUAAACAUUGGUCACAGUAUUUUGAAGUGGGUCACUCCAGUAUCGAAAACAAUUUAGAGUGGUGGAAUGAUGUUUCUGCUACUCGAGAAAUCUUACCAACAAACGUUGAUUUGGCAGGGGCUAAAAAGCCUUUGGAACCAAAAGAUCCAUUAUCAAGUGUUUACGAUGAAUAUGGCUCUGUAAAGUCUGCUGGCAUAAGGAAAUCACAAAGUAUUCAUGCGUCUACUAACUCACUUCGUGAUGCUCAAAGUGAUACUUACAAAAUGUCAAGAUCAAGAGCCAUGUCGUCUGAGAGUUUAACAACUCCAUCUCAACAAAAUAACAGCUUAAACGGUUCUGUUGUUUCUGCUUUGUUUGCCUACUUAUCAUCAGCAGAGAAUCAACUAAACUUUUAUGAAGGAGACAAAAUUCAUUUGAUCGGUGAAAAAACACAAGGGUGGCAAUUUGGGGAAAAUUUAAGAACGAAUUCUUAUGGUUGGUUCCCAAUAUCAUAUGUUUUACCAGAACCUGAAAAACCAAAUGAAGAACAAGAAGAUGAUAAUAAUAGUAACAGCGAUGACAGAGGAACAAUAAGAAGGGGACAAGAUUUUCAACGUAAGGAUUCAACAAUGAAUAAAUAUCAAAAGCUUGAGAAUCCACCAUCUACCCUUCCACCACCACCUCCAUCAAGUAAUAUGGGAUCAGACUCAGUGCGCGUUCGCGGAAGUGCGACAACAAACUUUGCUAAAUCGCAGAUUCAAAAUCAGAAAGAAAGGCAUGAAAAGAAACCAUCACUUCAUGGAAUCUACAGUAGCAAUGAUAGUGGAUUUUCAAAUGAAUUGCCACCUGCUGCUCCUGAAGUAGACUACUCGGACGAUGACGAUGAAGAAAUGCCUAAAAAGAUUCCUAUUCGGGACGAAAGAACAGUCGAAAGAAACAAUGAAAUCGAAGUUGAAAACAAAAGAGACACAAUCUCAAAGUCACCGUACAAUAAUAUUAAGCAAUCUAGCAGUUAUGGAAACUUAACAGAUUCCUCAAGAAAUGCUGAUCAUGGCUUCAACAAUAUUGACACAACAACAAUGAAAAGAAACAAAUCAUUCUGGCGAUUUAGCAAGUCGGAAGAUAUUUUGGAAGGAAUGUCUUUGUGGAAGCAUCGAGAUUUAGUGCCCAUUGAUGUUGAGCAAGCUGAUAAAGAUUUAACUUUGAAAAAGCUAGAAAAGCCUGCAAAGAAAAUGGAAACGUUACAGAAAAAGAAGAAUAAUAACAAAAGUUUAGAAAAAAAUGAUGAAGGACCUUCUAAGAAGAUGAGUUCGAAUAAAUUUGGCGAUGAUGGUGGGAAUCAUUUAGUGGAUCCACGUUUCAGAGCUCAGUCUUUUAGUGGUAACUACAGUAAAGAUCAAAGGAAGAACUUUAACAGUCGAGAUGAUGACGAUGAAAUUUAUGAUGAGUCGCCUAAGAGAAGAAACGACACAGGGCCGACAGCAAAACAUUCCACACAGAAAGGAAAAAGCAAAAAUGUACAAAACUCAAAAAGCUCGAGACAGGAAUUACAAGACACUAACUUUUAUGAUGACGAUAUAAUGGUCAUUAAAACUGUAAAGCGGAAGGAGAUUUUAAAGCAAUAUUACUCAAGUGGCACUGACACAGAACUAUCGAGUUCAGAUCCUUAUGAUUGUAUCGUUGUCGAUGAUCAUUUAGUUCCACCUGUACAGUCAUCUGCAUCUUAUCGAAAUCGAAAUAGUUAUAUCGAAGAACCAGACAAGAGAAACAGCAUGUAUUCAAGAUCAAAUAAAAACGAUGGUGGAUCAGUAUCAGGGACAUUACUUCCUCGAACAAAGUUGUCAAAGCCCAGUCGAGCAGAAUCAAGUGAAAGAUAUGACAUGAGUGAAAGAACAAAUACUGCUAGAUCGACUAAAAGCUCAAACAAGAACAAUUUUGGACAAUGAAUGGAAUUGAAAGUAUGGGUGGAGGGCAUUCAGCGAAUUGUUUGUGGGGUAACGGAUCAAACUACAUGUCAGGAUGUUGUCUUUGCUCUCGCUCACGCAACUGGAAAAACGGGACGGUUUACUCUGAUUGAGCGAUGGAGAAACAAUGAAAGAUUAUUGGCUCCUAACGAGUCACCUCUCAAGAUUCUUACCAAACUCGGAGAAUAUUCAAGCGAAGUACAAUUCAUAUUGCAAAAAUCAGAGAAACCAUCUCAAAUUACAAACAUUAACAAGCAAGAUAAAAAGUCGUCAGCUGAUCAUGAAAAUAAUGAAAAUUUAAUAGACAAAGACAAAGCUCCAAAAACAUCCCCACAUAAUCAGAAAUUAAUUGAAUUAAACAAUGGAAACUUUAAUCCGAUUUUUGCUCCUAAUGAUGUUUUUAUGCAAAACAUUCAAUAUCGGGAUUUAGUGCAGCUUAUAAAAUAUCAAAGGGAGAAAAUUAGCACACAGCAAAAUGAUUUGACCAAAUUUGAUGCUGAAAUCGUUUAUCUUGAAAAUAAGAGUCGCGAAAACAAUAUCUUGCCACAUUUGGAAGCCAUAUCGCAAGAGUUGAAUAAAACGGACCAAAUUUUCAGACAAGGAAAUGAGCAGCUUCAAACAUUACAAUAUGUCGAGGAAGAAAGUGAGUUGGUACAACAGCAAGAAAAAACAUUGAAAACUGAAAUUUCCGCUUUGCGGUCAAAGCUGUCGAUUCUCGAAACCGAAUUGCUUCAAUGUCGUAACAAAAUCAAAAAGCUUGUCGAUGAAAUUCAAAUUGAACAGCGAAAUCAACAUCAGAAUGAAAGUCGUCAUCAGCUUGAACAAAGAUUAAUGAGCGAAGUUGAUCGAUUACAAGCGGAUAUCGAUUAUGCCAUUCAUACAAGUGAUAAUACAGUAAAGACAGCAGACAGUUUAAAAAAAGAAGUGAUGUUAAUCGAGAUGUCAAUCGUCGAGAAGAAGAAACAGUUAGAGAAACUUGUGCAAGAAAUGAAGGAAGUGAAUUUGCAAAGUCUCACUGUAGCAACUGACGACAUUCCAAUAGGCGACAGUUCAACAAAAACCGGAAGACGAAUUAUUGGAUCACCUCGACAAUUGGAAAAUGCAGUUGCCACUAAUGUUAAAAGCAAUUCAACAGAUUUUAUAGCUACAAAGGAAUGGCAAGAAAUUCGACCCGGUCAAAGAAUACCACAAGGCUUACAUUAUCGAAUAAAUCUUCAAACUGGCUACAAAGAAGCCAAACUUUUAGAAGAAAAUGAGAAAACUGCAUUACUUGCUACUGAAGAAAGCAAGGAUGAUGAAAUCGAUGAAAAAGAUUCAAACAAUGACGUGGAAAUUGAAGCAGCGAGGAAACGAUUAGAAGAAGCUUUAAAAAAUAUUCCUGCUGACACUUUCAACUAUGAAACUGAAAAAGAAUGGAAAGAUAUUUCAUCAAAAUAUAAAUCUUACGAUCAAUUAAAAGAAGAUCUCAAAGAUUUGAAAAUGAAUAUGAAAACAGAAGCAGAACUGUUAAAAGAAUUGUUGGAACAAUAUCAAAGUUCUCCUGCUGAUGAAUUUUCAUCUGAAGAUGAUAAAAUAAAACUUUUAGAAGAGUUCGAGUAUUUAUCGCAUUCAAUCGAUAAUUCACUUUUGUUCAUUUCUCUUGGUGGAAUGGAGGAAAUAAUUAUUCCAAACCUCAACGCUUCAAGCACAAAGAGAAAAAUAAAGUCAAUCAAGCUUCUCGGAGUAAUUCUUCAAAAUAACAACGAAGCUAAAAGCUAUGUAAUUGAGAAAACGAAUAUUGACAAUUAUUUAAUUAAUAUUUUGUCAAAGUCAAUCAAUAAUCAAGAACUUUUAUCUUCAGCUCUUUUUGCUUAUGGAAGUUUAUCGAGAAAUAAUCGAAAAAUAUCAUCAGAUUCGCACAAAAAAGGCUUGACCGUUUUAAUGAAUAUCAUCAAAGAUGAAGCAAUGUCGUUAGCCUUGAAAACAAAAGCUUUAGUUCUAUUAAACGAUCUUUUAAGUAGUGACGAAUUGAAAGAUCAAGACUUAUCCAAGUUUAUUGAAACUUUGGAGAUGUGUAACCAUUUAGAUAAUUUCUUUAGUCUUAAUAAGCAAAAUUUGUGCUCUGACUCAGAAAGUUUAGAAAAAACACUUAAAUCGUUUCUCGAUUUGAAAGAAAUUUGCCAAAAAGCAUGGUCUGAGUCAUCCAAUUAUAGACAUACGCUGCUUGUUGUUUUAAGUCGUCAAGAAAUACUUUUAAAGGUGCAAUUAGAUGAAAGCGAAGACGUUUACAAAGACAUUAUUUUGGAGAAUAUUGAACAUUUAGAGCAUUUGAAUCAAUUUCUAUACGCAGAUUUGAAAAUAAUUGAUGAUUUAUCUCAAAAAUAUUCAGAAAAUAUAAAUGACGAACUGUAAAAAGAAAAUUAAAGAAAAAUGCUUUUUAAUCGCAUGUCUUGUCUUUUUUUUCUUAAGGAGGAGAAAUUAAAAAAUUCACUUGUUGUUUUUUUGUUCAAAACUAUC